AUGGAUGUAGUUGCGGGGUGGUUUGUUGACGCUGAGGUUGACGAUGCGGAAAAGUUUCGAGAUAUUUUACGAAAUGCAAUUGUGCUGGUGGGUGAUUAGUCUUGGCAGAUCGGAGUGUCGGUAGAUAGUCCGCCGGCCAGCCCACCAGAGCCUAUGCUUUGUGCUUACUCAGCAUUAUCACAUGACUAUCAUCACGGGAACUCCGUGCUUUGCCCUCUUCCUCUGGUGUACCUAAUUUUGGUAGCAAUCAACGAAUCAACUGCAUGCUUUUCUUCAUCUGAAGAAGGCGAGGAGGAAAUUUGGGAAAAUAGCAUCCGUUACACUGGAACACAACAGGCUGUGGAGCAUGGUCCAAUCAUUGGAUUUCAUGGUCCCGCGCAGGAACCCGAGGUUGAUCUGAUACCACCGCAUCUGGAGCCCAAUAGACCAAUAAAGUAA